AGGGUUUUGGGUGAAGCCUGGCGAGUCGGAAAGGCUCAGUUAUUGAGCUUGCAGAUUCGUGAUCGAAGAUCGGAGAUGAAGAGGAAAUCUGUCGGCUGUGGCUGGGAAAUUUGAGCGAUCAUGGCGGACGUUAAUGUGAGAGAGAUGGAGCGGGGCAGAUCAAGAAUUACGCCUGGAUUCCCGCAGCAGUAUGGCACCGGUUUGGCAGCUCCUGAUAUCCAAGAGCUGGCAUCGAAGCGUGUAGACAUCCAGAAGAAGCGCUUUUACCUGGACGUGAAGCAAAGCGCACGGGGCAGGUUCCUCAAAAUCGCCGAGGUGUGGAUCGGCCGGGGGAGGAACGACAGCGUGAGAAAAAGCAAACUCACUUUGUCUAUGUCCAUGGCACCUGAUUUGAGAUAUUGUUUGGGGGAUUUCAUCGAUUAUUACGCGCACGUCGGCCUUCGAGGCGGGAACGCGCCCCGGCCUGACGAACCCAGCGCUUCGUCUGGAAGGCGUCAGCCUGAUCAUCUGAACGCACCUCCAGGUUCCCCCAGCGGCUCUGCUGCGUCUGAGGAACCUGCCCAUCGUGUCCUAAAGAGCGAGUCCAUCGAAGGCGAUAACAGAAGAUAUUAUCUGGACCUGAAGGAAAACCAGCGCGGCCGCUUUUUGCGCAUCAGGCAGACUAUGAGCCGAGGACAGAGCGCAGUUGGAUAUUACGGUCAGGCCGUGGAACAAACCAUCGUCCUGCCCGCACAAGGCCUGAUCGAGUUCCGAGAUGCAUUAUCCCAGCUGAUCGAGGACUACGGGGAUGAAGCGAAUGGCAGGAACGGGAGGUGCGCACGGGAACGCGAGCCAUUGUGCGCUGAAUUACCAGAGGCCGCUUCGUUCCGCGUCGAUAAUAAGCGCUUUUACUUUGACGUGGGAUCCAACAGGUACGGUGUAUUUUUAAAGAUCAGUGAGGUGCGCCAGCCGUAUCGGAACACCAUCACGGUGCCGCUGAAAGCCUGGGCUCGAUUUGGAGAGAACUUCAUCAGGUACGAAGAGGAAAUGCGCCGCCUGUUUACCUGCCGCAAAGAGAAGCGGACUGAAGUUCAGGCUGACUGCGAGGAGCGCGACGAUUGACCCUCAGCCUGCGAUUAAAUGUAUGUUAUGUAACAGUAGUUCAAUAGAUUUAUGGACAGGGUCGCGGGAUUUCGUAUUAGCUGAGGGUGCUGACUUACAGAAAUAAACUAGAAGUGAUCAGAAGCCUAGUGAUCAGCCAUGUCAGUUUUACAGCAACUACUGGUCAGGAACAUGUAAAAGCCUAAAGCAAAAAAUGAAAUGCAAAAAA